CAGCAGCGGCCAGUGGUGGCGGCCCGCGGUCCCCCGCCCCCUCCACGCAACGCUCGCGACACGGGCACGAGCGCCGGGGCUCGCUGUCCUCCGAGCUCGGGCCCCACUGCCGUCUGCUCCACGAGGAGCCCGCGUGUUCCCCGCCGCUCUCGGCUCCACGUCGGCCACCAUGGAGGCACAGGCACAAGGCUUAUUGGAGUCGGAACCACUGCAAGGAAGAGAUGAGGAUGCAAUAGCCAGUGCUGACUUCUCUAGCAUGCUCUCUGAGGAGGAGAAGGAGGAGUUAAAGGCAGAAUUAGUCCAGCUAGAAGACGAAAUUGCCACAUUACGGCAAGUUUUGUCAGCGAAGGAAAGACAUCUGGUUGAGAUCAAACAGAAACUCGGCAUGAACCUGAUGAACGAGCUAAAGCAGAACUUCAGCAGGAGCUGGCAUGACAUGCAGACCACCACUGCGUACAAGAAGACGCAUGAAACCCUGAGCCAUGCAGGGCAGAAGGCCACAGCAGCUUUCAGCAAUGUGGGAACUGCCAUCAGCAAGAAGUUUGGGGAUAUGAGAUCUCACUCUAUUGGGUACUCCAUUCGCCAUUCCAUAAGUAUGCCUGCCAUGAGGAACUCUCCUACUUUCAAAUCAUUUGAGGAGAGGGUUGAGACAACUGUCACAAGCCUCAAGACGAAAGUAGGUGGGACAAACCACGGUGGAGGCAGUUUUGAGGAGGUCCUCAGCUCCACAGCACACGCCAGCUCCCAGAAUGCUUCAGGAGGCCCCCGGCAGACCAAAGAUGAGGAGCUGCAAUGCUAGGUUCAACCAGCUUGGGCUGCUGCCAAGCCAAUCUGCCUGCUCGUCUCCUCAUACGACGACCAAAAUCCCACUGGAAAACCCAAGUUUUGAUAUUGUUAUUUAAGUGGCCUCUACAAAAAGUUGAAUAAAAUUAUUUCCAUUUGCAUUUGUGUUGAUGCUGGACCGCUUGACCAUCACACUGCAAUAGUUACAAAUGUCAUCCUUUAAAAUGGCCAACCCGGAGAAGGUUCAUGCUUGGUCCUAAUUCUUGUCUGUGUAACUCAAUGUUUUAUUUCCCAAACAUGCAGCUACUAGUUACCAGCUUUGGUUCUCGCUCGGGCUCCAUAACAAUGAGCAUGUCUUCGAGUGCUGCGUGGUAUGCCCUCGGUUUGUAGGUCAACAGGUGGCACUUUUUACGACUGUCUCUAGCUGUAGGGCCAAGUCACUGUGAACUUCGCCAGAUUGCUUGGAUUGCUCCCGCCUACAUCAGUUAUGUCCAUCCAUUUAAGUCAUUAAAAUAAUUCAUCUUA